AUGAAUCCUGCAAGAGUCCUUCUUCCAGGGGCAUUGCGAGCCUCCGUCCGCCGCGUCGCGCUAUUGAAACAUGCCAGCCCAUUUCGAAAUCAACGACGCUCAUUAAUCCCAGCACCAUCAGCCAACUCAGGACCCCUCCUCGACCGUCGCGCCGAUAGAGAACUACCAGCUCUAGAAUCACAGUUCCGAUGGGCUCGAACAUUACCCAUAUUCGCCGUUCUCGUCGGCGCCGCCAUGUUUGGUAUCUUCAAUUAUCAAAAGUCAUCGUCUAGCGUUGUAAGCAGUACGCUAUAUGCGCUGAGGACUUCGAAGCAGGCUCGUGAGAUUUUAGGGGAUGAGAUUUACUUUGCUCACAAGAUUCCUUGGAUCAGUGGGACGAUGGAUCAAUUGCAUGGACGGAUUGAUAUAUCUUAUUGGGUCAAGGGGACAAAGUCAAAGGGAAAGAUGAGAUUCAAGAGUAUUAGACCUGACCGGACAAGUUAUUUCCGCACAGAGUCGUGGAGUCUGGAGACCGAGGAUGGAAAAGUCAUCCAAUUACUGGAGUCGGAUCAAGAUCCAUUUAACCCGUCCGAUUAA